UUCAUAACGCCAUCAUCAGGCCACCGGAGGGCUCUACGAAUUGACGUGAGCCGAUGCUCUGCACAUGCGCGGAGCGCCCGCGGAAAUUCAAACGCUCGAGCUCAGCUGACAGACAAGUCAGACGUUUGAAAACUCUACCAACUCUGACGCGGUUCUUUUACUGAGGUGAAAAGAUGGAAAAUCAGAAGAGACCGAGAGAUCCACUGGAGGAAAACACUUCAGCCUGUAGUGAACUUGAAAAUGUGUUGAAGAAAAGGCGGUUGGCAGCAGGGGGAGAGGAGAACCUGGACCCCACAAAAUCCCCUGCCAGGACACGCUUGAGGGUGGCAGAGCUAGAGGUGAAACCAGACACUCCAGCCAUAUCCUCUAUCCGCUCCAGGGUCCAGCAACUCAGCCAGAGACGAGAUGGUGGGACUGGGUUAGUCCAGCGCUGCUUGUCUGACCCCGGGUCUGAGGGUUGCGCCAGCAGCAUGACCUCGGCGAUCUGUCACAUUGGUGAGGGAGAGUUUAGCUCUCGCCUGCAGCGCUUCAAAGCUCCAACGCCUCUGAACAGCCCUGGUCCCUCCACCCCCUGCGCACGCAAUCUCUCCAGCUUUGUGCAUGGCAUCCAACAGCAGCUGAACGCUGCAGUGACACCCAGCAGUAAAGAGGCCUCCCGUAUACGCCAGGCACGUGAGGAUGAGUUGCGUUUAUUGAAGGUUCAGCCAGUGGCAGACAACAUGUGGUUGAAGAGGAGUCUGUCUGACUCUUCCCUCACUGAGAGGGCAUCUCCAUCCACAUCCUCUCCCUGGGUUUACAGGAAAACUCGAAAACUUCAGUGGCCUCCAUUACAGCCCGGGAGUGAGGAGCUAAAGGGAACUGAGUUCAGCUCCUGUGAAGGUGACAGUAAGGUAUUUGAUAGAAGUCUGAACACCACACCUCCAUGUACUGUGGACAUCCGUUUCCCCAAUGAAGAACUUUAUAGCUCAACAGAACCUGAGGCUUUGAGCACCUCCACAUUAAUUGACAAGAUGUUUGAGGACGUUCUACAGCACGCAGAAAUGGAAGAUAAAGGUGAAGAUGGAAAUAAGGAAGAGCAGGUGGAGUUGGAGAAAGAUGAGAGCAAUUCAUCACAGACUGAAAAGAAAGACAAAACGGAACUGGACACAGUUGAAAUGGAAGACAAACCAGAACCGGUCAUAGUUACAUUAAAUGAGGAGCCUCUUGACCACAGCGAGAUGUGUGAAGAGAGUAUAGAAACUCCUGAUGCCAGUUCUGCAAUGGAUGAAGAGAAGGAGCUCCAGUCUGUUGACCAUGGUGAAGGAGAAAUAGAGGGGAAACAGGAGAUCACCCCCAUGGGUGCUGAAGAUGACUUUCUAACCCUGCCGCCCAGCUGUAUCCUCUCUCCUCUCAGCAAAUCUGUGGAGGCUGUUGUCACACCACUGAAGAUUGAAAUCACUGUGUCUGAGCCAUCAGUCCAACCACCCUCACCUGAAGAAAUGACAGCUAGUCCUGCUGAAAAUGUUCCACCUUUAUACAGCAUUGACGCCUACCGCUCACAGAGGAAGAUCCACCCUCCCUCUACUCAGAGCUUGACCCCUGGAGUUCAGAGGCAGGUUCAAGAGAAGACCUGCUCAAAAAAGCCUAUCAACAUCAAGGAGAGAAUUAAGGCUUUAAACGAGGAGGCAGCCAAGUUGCAGACAAUCAUCACACAGACUCUACAGGCUCUGAGCUGCUGCAGUGACGAGGAACAUGGGAAGGGUUCCCAGCAGGAGGCUGAGGCUGAGAAACUUUUGCUUGUCUCCAGUGAGAAGCGAGCAGCUUUACUGGCAGAGGUCAGCAGGCUGAGAGAGGGUGAGUCUGGACAACUAGAGUCCCAGAAUGCAUCUCUCCAGCCCUGUAGGGGCACUGUCAGCAUCAGCAGCAUCCAGCUGCCCCUCAAGGUGGAGUUUGUGUGCUCUGCUCGCACAGGCCGUCCAACGCACUACUUCUUCGUUUUGGUCCGUUAUGGCCCAUGUAACAUUGUCGCGACACCGCUGGCUACAGCUGCUGAUGCCCAAAAUGGAGACACUAUCUCCUUCCCAACUUCCAUCACACUACAAGACAUUCGCUCCAGUUUUGAGAUUGAUGUUGAGGUCUACAGUUUGUCCAGUACUCAGAGUAAUACCUGCAGUGUGAAUGCUCAGCAGUUCCGCAGCUCAACAAAGUCAAGGGUGACUCCCAAGAAGAUUCUCCACAGCAUCACGAAAUCUAAUCAGAGUGUGACAUCCGCUACUCUGCCUGGCCUGAGUGCUCAGCGCUCUAGUAACUUUACAUUAGUGGGCUCUCACAAGAUCACCCUGAAUUCAUUGGGACGGAGCAAGUUUCUUCUGGACAAGAUGAAAUUUGAAGGCAAAAUCAGGCGACUCCUCGGAGAUGAGUUUCAGGAAAAGGUUCCCUUUCUUUCUCCUCUAGAGGGCCACAUCUAUCUGCAGCUGCACAGUGAGGGCCACUCCAACGUCCAGCAUCAGGGCUUUUUGACCAUGUUUGAGGAUGUGAGUGGCUUUGGAGCCUGGCAGAGGUUCUACUUCCUUCUGGAAGGAGGACACCUGCUUUACUGGAACUACCCUAAUGAGAUGGGCAACAAGCCAGCAGAUGGCAGUCUCUCUCUCUUUGGCUUCUGCAGUGUCAGACCUGUGGAGCGCGAGUGCUGCGCACGACCACACACCUUUGAGUUAGUAGAGACCAACACCCUUCAGCAAGAAGACAACCAGACCUUGAAGAAGUGCUGGUUUUCAGCAGACACACGAGAGGAGAGGGCUGACUGGAUGGAGAAACUGAAUCAAACCUUACUGGACUCUCUUACCUGGAACAGGAAGCCUGUUUCCAACGAGAACCGGGCCAGCACAUCAUCUAACACCGGGACCUCUCGUGAGAGCAUUCUGUAACAACACAAAUGUGAAACCUUACCAUGUAACACUAAGAAAGGAGAUCUCUGAGAAGAUCAUAUGUGGCACUAAAGAAAUACAUGAAGAGCUUCUGAGAAUAAACUCUGGGGCAGCCAAACAGGACUGUUCUAUGUAAUAGUGUGUCAUAAUCUACUGUGCAUAUGCGUGUUUUUCUGCUUUAUUAGAUGCAUACAGAAUAGCGGCAUAUUUGUUAAGAUUUCUGAUCUAUCAUUACUUCUUAGAGAUUCUGUAAGGAUAGAUUUUCCAGUACCAUAAAUUUUCAGGUAAGCCAUGUAGUAAGAGCAGUCCAGUUUAUUUGUAUGAGGUAAGUCUCUUAAGUGCCCAUUUGAAUGUUUAUUUAUCUCCUGCCUUAUUCAGACAAUUGCUCAUUAUUGAAUGAAAGUUUUACAUUUUAAUACUACAAUCUAUUUCAGGUUAUGCUCAUGUAUGAGGGUGUCCUUAAUUACACUAAAUGAUAUGGUUAUGUUUACAGCAUUAGUUGGGAAGCGCUGCUUGUCUGCCUUCGACUAAAGCUUUUUAUAUUUUUGCUUUUUCAUUUACUCUGGGAACAAUUUAUAUGAUUGUUAUACUGCAGUCUUCAUCUAGAAGGGAGAAUAGAUUUUAUUUGAAUGUACAAUAUAUGAAGUACAUCAUGAAUGGUAUAGCUUAUGAUUUUUCUGGGAGGGCAAUUUCAUAGUAUACCUCCAUGUGACUUGAUUUUGAAAAACAUUGACAGUUGUAUACUUUUGGGAGUAUCUGGCCAAUGCAUUAUAUCUACUGAGGUGUACAUUAUAUAUUUAGGAGACAGUCUGCCCAGCAUAAACUAAACAAUUGAGUUUAUACUCUAAUCUGAUGGUCGUAUGGGGUUCUUGGGUUCAAAUCUGGAAUGUGCAAAUGUAAAAAUAACACUACAGAGCUAUCUGUCUGAAAAUACUGUAUAAUAAUUGGCCAUGCUUGCAGGGGGAGAGAGCAAGGUAUGGGGGGGGGGACCUUUUGGGGGUUUAUUUGAAGUUUCUGGUUUUCUUGAGGAUGAAGAGUUAUCACUCUAGGGACUGUGAGACUGUUGGAAAUGUUUCUGUGCCAUGUAUGUCCCAUAUAUGUGUUUUUGCCAAGGGUCUCAUAUGCUAUUGCUGUGUUAAACUAUAUAAAACUAUAUGAAAUAUCCUGGUAAAGGUACUAUAAAAUAAAUAUGGCUGUUAAAGCCUGA